UUAGAGAAAGGGCUCGUGCAUCGCGCCAAUUUCGCUUGUAAAAAGACGUUUCUGUCAGCAUUUCAGCAGCAAAGAAGGAGGAAAUCGAACGGAGGAGAAUAACCAACGAACUGUGACUUCGGGAACAUUCUGGAAUCCAAUGCCGUGUAUUUGGCCGUAGGGAUGCUCAGCAUGGACCGAGGACUAGUUCUCCGAAUUAUCAUUAAUGAUGGAGAUAUACGUAAAUUAACCUUGCCAGAUAAGCCUAGCUCGGUAGAAACUUUUACAAUUGAGGUAAAAGAGAAACUUCAGUUGACUUGUGACUUCACAUUGCAGUAUGAAGAUCCUGACUUCAAUAAUGCACUCUGCAAUCUCAGUGAUAUGAGUGAUCUUCCUAACAAAGCAACACUGAAAGUUAUUCCUCAUGUUACUUUGGUGAAUUUUGAAAUUAAUGAACAGAUAACUUGUUCAGCAAAUGAGACGCCUAGCAGAGCAGAGUCCACCCACAGCACUUCUGAUACAGAAAUUUUGUCAUCUGCCAGUUCAAACUCGUCCAGCAAACAUCAGUGGCCCAAGUCUUUUGAGAUUCCUGACUUUUCGGUUGACAUUAACUACAGACUGCGACAAGGAGACCUACUUCAUAUGAGGGAUGGAAUUUAUCUUACUGUUUCAAGAGACAUGAAACAUGAAAUACUGCAAAAGUUGGCAGAGUGCAUGUACUCAUAUAAAGCAUACCCUACUGAUGAAGAUUUUGCUGAAGUUGCAACAGCCCUUAUAAACAAGCAUCCGUGUCUUCGAGAGCAAGGAUCAUUAACAGGGUGCGGAGGGUGGAAAAAUAGUCUCAAAUUUAAGAUGGGCAAUUACCGGUCAAAACUCCGUAAAGCUGGAUGCCUUGAUGUCUCUGUUAAUGGAGGAAGAAGGGGCAAGUACUCUCCUGAAGGACAGCCUCCAAAACAAAACAUUAAAAAACCACGAAGAGAUGAAAGAAAUUACCUUCCUGAUUUUCCUUUGGGAAAGGAUAAAAUAUCUCUUGAAAAAGAUAGAGAACUGCUUGUUGAAGAAAUGCGAAAAAGAUUGCCAAACAAGACCAUGGUCGCCCAAAAGAUGGACCAAACAUUUCCCUUACGAAGGAAAGAAAUCGUGGAAACAGAGCCACCAAUCAGAACAAUGAUGGAACGCUGGCCAGCACUUUUUACUGAGCGUGAGGUUUUUGCAGAAUUUACUCGGAUUGCCUGCAAGAAUCUCCAGAGUGAAUUCUUUGAUGAACUUGACAGACACACACCUCGUCUAAUGAAGAUUUUUCGGUCUAAAACUGGAACCCUGGGUCAGACCUUAUCAAAAUUACUAGAGCAAGUUGAGUCAAGAAGAAACGCCAAUCAAACAUCAAAUCAGGAAACGGAAGUUACAAUUCGACGCACUGUGGUUCUUCGUGGUCUCCCUGUCCUUCUUGGGGACAACCCCUCAGAAUUUUUUAAGGUUUGCUUUGACUCAGAAGAAAACAACAUUGAGCAGAUUCCUGUUGGCAUUCUGUUAGUCGACAAUGAAGACUCUCCUCACUGCUCUUCGUUGAUCCGUGUACGUCCAGUCUCCACUGCUAUCAUCAUAGAGGGAGGUAUUGUUAUGGAUGAUGUCAGGGACCUGCCUCUUGCUGUUUGUCUCUUGUUUGGACUAUCAUAUGCACUCCAUCUUGAUUACCCAAAGAACAUGAAGAACACAUUCAACUUCAUCCAGCAAGUCAUGCUUGAUCUGGGAUCGAAGUCAUUGAAACCAAAACUUCAGACUUUGAAGAACCAGUUAUUUGCUUAAAUCAACACAUUUAGGUCAAAAUCAUCUGACCUGCAGUUCACAUAGCCACUACUGGGAUGACAUGAUUCAUGUCAUCACACAUGUCAUAGCAAGAAAAAAAUUAUUUGUUUAAUUCUACUUUUUGAAUAGAUUCAGUUGUGUUCAGCAUUAAUCUUUGUGUAAUAGGCUUAAAAUAUUUAAGUUAUAAUUUAUAUAAUUUAUUUUCAUUGUUUGACAUAUAUUAAUGGAUCACAGUAUCCUUGUAUUAUUGUUAUUGUGUAUCAGUCAGCAUGGUCUGCUUAAAAGCACUUUAAAUGAGGAUUGUGCUAUACGAAUGUAGAGAUGUUUAGACAGCAGAGGUUUUUCAUUCAACCGUUCUGUUGACUUUAUUUCUGGGAUGACAGUUCAGUGGAGCUACAUAGUUUUCCUAAGACAUUCUGCAUGGUGUAUGGAGUGUUGGAUAUUUUUUGGUCACAAUCUUCAGUAUGAUCAUUUUAAACUUGCAUAACUAUUAUUAUACUAUUAUUAUCUCCCUUCUCAGGUUUCCACAUUAGACAUGUUUUGUGCUUUUAAUUAAGACAACCUUGAAUUACUACUGCACCCUACGGCAGAACUGAUUUGUCCUGAUUUUGAAGGUUGCCAUUUGCUUUGCUCUUUGCACUUUUGUGUGGUCAAUCAAAAUAAAAAUUGAAAACAAUGUUAUUGUUUCUUAGAACCAGGUGCAGGAGUGGGAUUAGAAAUGCUGAGAGAAUUUCAUCUUUAAAAGUUAAUAAAUUGUUAUUUAGUAUUUUGUUUGAAGCAGUUAGCGCUCAGUAAAAAAGAAUUCUGUGCAUUUGCCAGUGAAUCAUAAUAAACCUAUGACUGAACAGUCAAUUUUGAUGCAGGACUUUUCGUUUAGCACCCAGUGGCAGUCAUCC